AUGACAGAUGUAAAUAGUCAACGAAACCCAGAUGUUUGGUCUCCGCGUGAGUUGAAAGAGUGGUUGGCCGAACAUAGAGUAGUUUAUCGAGGAGUCCCAGAGAAAGAUGAACUAGUGGUCUUGGUGAAAACUAAUUGGAGAGAUUCAGAUAGUACUUUGAAACAAACUGCCGAUAUGACUGCGUCUUAUGUUGAUGAACUCGUGAAAUAUCUGGAAAGUUAUGCCGUCAAGGGUAAGGAAAUCACAAAAGACAACGCGAAUGCGGCAGCUGAGCAGAUUGCUGCAAACGCGGAAGCGAUACGAACUCGCCUUGGCAUCACCGAGGAUAAAAUGUCGUCAGCCCUUAGUCAAGUGAAAUCUCGCAUCUCGGGAGCCAAAGAUGCAACAAGCAAGCAAAUCGGCAAUACACUCGAUGACAUCAGUCAAUCAUAUGCUAAUGCUAAAUUCAAGAGAGACGAGAUAAUAAACGAAGCGACAAAGCGUAUCGAGGCAGACUACAAAAAAUCAAAAAAAGUCUCUAAAGAUACUGUCCAGUGGCUCAAGGACCGAGUCGACGAAUUGAGUAAGGCCCCCGGAUUCGCCAAGGCGAGAAUCCAAACUCAAACUAUACUUAUUCUCCACGGCAUUGAAGAACGUCUGGUUUCUAGCAUGAAGUCAUCAGCCAAAGACGUUGAAAAAAUUGCCAAUCAACUAUCAUCUGCACUUGGCGAACCAUAUGGAAAGACGAAGAAUCUGUUCAGACGUAUUGGCAGUGGGAUUUAUAACACGUUUGCUGGAGCAUGGCGUGCAGUUGUCUACGUCAAGAGGAAGGUGGUCGACGGAACGGAAUACACGAUAAACCGACUUGUUGCUGUAAAGAAUGGAGUAACACAUUUCGUUGGUAGAAUUACGGGUAAAGCUAAACAGACUGCUGUCGAAACCAAAGAAGCUCAACAAGAACGAUUUGCUCACUUGACCGAUUACCUACGAGACACUGUCAAGUCUUCUAAAGAGCCAAUCGCCAAGGUGUUGACUAGUGUUCAGGAUCGAAUUACUACCACCGAGAAAUUAACAAAAGAUCAAGCCAAGGUUGUCGGGGAGAUUUUGAGAGAGCAAUUAGGCAACUUGAAAGAUGCAAAGGAUUUGACUGAAGAUCGUAUAAAUGAUGUCAUCGACGCUUUACGCAAGAAAUUUAACGAGAGAAAACCAAUGUAUGAAAUAUACGUGUGGGGAGAAGGCUUGGGAUUACCCUCGAUAGAUCCUGGUUGUCUGGCUAUAAUUUCGUACUUGCAGCUCGUCGCACCCGGUGAAUAUGGUAUAAUAGAGUGUAAUAAUCCCAACGUGUCAAUUACAGGGGAACUACCGCUUUUGAGAGUCGGUAGUGAAUGGAUCGCUGGUGUCGAGAAUAUUAUAAAACAUUUGAGUAAAGAGGGUCGUGACGGUACGGAUCGUUUAACUGAUGUACAAAAGGCAGAAAGUCUUGCAUUUAUGACUCUUAUUCAAGAAGAUGUCUAUGACGCAUUCCUGUUCUCGUGGUAUAUUGAUUCGAAAAACUAUUCAGAGGUCAUUCGGCCGCUCUUUGGUAGACUAUUGCCACUGAGUGUGAGAUAUAUAAUUCCGCCUCAAGUGCAAAAAAUGGUUGAGGAGAGGUUGGCGAGAUUCAAAAAGGUUUCCAAUGGUGAUGAGAAGCGAGCUGUUCAUGAUACGAAUAGUAUAUACGCAAUGCAAAGGGAUUUGUACGACAUAUUGGCAAGGAAACUCGGAGAAAAUGAUUAUCUUUUUGACGGCUCCGCCCCGACAACGCUAGACACGGUAGCUUAUGGUUAUCUAGCUCUUCAGCUAUACCCCCGUCUUCCCAACCCAGUUCUAUCCGACAUUCUUGAAAACGAUUAUCCUCAAUUAGAACGAUUCUGUAAUCGGAUGAAACAUCAUUUAUUUCAGGAACAGCUACCGAUUAUUCAAGCAGUUGAGCUGCCUUCGAUGUUUACAGGAUUGUUGGUAUCGCCUCGUUCGUGGUUUACCAACACUUUUCGGAGCCAAAGAGAUGAGGCGAAGAAAGAAAAGUCUCAAGCUCAGUUGAACUUUGAGAGGAAAAGGUUCUAUUCAAUCUUUGGUGCAGUAAUGUUUAUGAUUGUAUACACCGUUUGGAAUGGUAUUGUUACUAUAGAUAUAGAGACGGAUGAAAGGCUAUGA